GGGUAUGUGUUUUGUUGGUUCAAUCUGAGAAGAAAAAUGGAUUUAGAUAGAACAUAGGGAGCCUUUCUCUUUCUCUUUCUCUCUCUCUUUCUCUUUCUCUGUAAUGGAAGUCUAUGGUGUUGGAGCAUCCAAAACCUCAUAAACCCUCAAAGAACUGUUAGAUUUCUUAUAGAAAAAGAGAAAAAACAAAGGUGUGGGCUUUAAUGGCGGCUCCAUAUCCGGAUGAUUUCAAGUGUCCUAUUUCUCUGGAGAUAAUGUCGGACCCUGUAAUACUCUCCUCCGGCCACACCUUUGAUCGUUCUUCAAUCCAACGAUGGCUCGACGCCGGUCACCGGACUUGCCCAAUCACCCAAUUGCCCCUUCCUCAAAACCCUUCUCUAAUCCCUAACCAUGCCCUCCGAAGCUUAAUUUCAAAUUUCAACCCUGUUUCCCUUUCCAAGCCAUUUCUCCCUCAUCCGCCGCCUCAAACCCUAAUCUCGAUUCUCAUCUCUCCUUCUUCCUCUCUCGAUUCCAAGCUCGAUUGCCUCAAUCAACUCGCCAGGGUUUCAAAGCGUGAUUCCGCUAUGCGUCGAAGAUUGACCGAGUCCGGUGCUGUCUCGGCCGUUCUUAAAUGUGUCGGUUCUGACGAUCCCAGCCUCCAAGAGAAGGCUCUCUCGCUUUUGCUUAAUCUUAGUUUGGACGAUGAUAACAAAGUGGGUUUGGUUGCAGAGGGAGCUAUUGGCCUCACCGUGGCUGCUCUUCAAGCUAGGUCCGCCGAUUGCAGAGCCGUGGCGGCCACGAUGCUGACGAGCUUGGCGGUUGUGGAGGUAAACAAAGCUACAAUUGGGGCAUAUCCCUAUGCGGUUCGUUCUCUGGUUUAUUUAUUACGGAACGGCAACAACAGAGAGCAGAAGGAAGCUGCAACUGCGCUUUACGCCAUUUGUUCAUUCCCCGGAAACCGUGUGCGGGCUGUGGAAUGUGGGGCUGUUCCUAUUUUGCUUAAAAUUGCAAAUUCUGGGCUGGAUAGAGCAGUGGAAGUUCUGGGGGUUUUGGCUAAGUGCAGGGAAGGUCGAGAAGAGAUGCAGCGGUUCAAGGGAUGUGUGGAGAUUUUGGGUUGUGUUUUGAGAAAUGGAGGUCCAAGAGGAGUUCAAUAUGCUCUUCUAACUCUGGCUUCCCUUUGUUGUCAUUGCGAGCGACUGUGCGUGGAGGCCAGAAGAGAAGGCGUUUUGGGAAUCUGUAUGACAUUGAUUGAUGAUGAUAAUGAAAAGAUCAGAGCAAAUGCUGCAAAUUUGAUUCAUAUACUGCGCGGAAACAACCCAUGAGAAGAAGGAAUCAAAUCCGAUUCGUUUGCAGUCAGACGAUUGGUGGUUUGGCUUAUGAAUUGUGAUGUCUUAUGAGUAUGACCAAGGGAUUUUGCUGUGGCCUAAUGUCGAUGCCUCAUUCUCCUUACCGAGGUGAGACCAAUUUCUUCUCGAUUAUGGGUAUCUACUUUUUCCCCUUUUUUUGGUUGGAUAGUUUCUGUACAAAAAAAUAUAUUAGAAUCUGGGAAGAUCAUGGUUCUUUUUCUUCUUUUUUCUUUUUUAAUAUUUAUAUAUAUAUAUAUAUGAUGUAAAUUGAAAUAAAGAACAACAGAGUCAAUCAAGCACUGGAGGAGGUGUUCUUCUUGGUUUCAGAUUGGUUUAUAGUUUAUACUGAGAAAAUUUUCCAAUUUGUUGAUCAGUAUUGUUAUUGGCUUCCAUUUAUGUAAGUUUCUUCUUUUGACUCAAA